AAUUACAACUUCCGUGAACAAGCAGCGAAACAAGCGUUCUCUAGAAUCUCAUAUCAGAUGACAAAUACUCGGAGGUAGAUCUGACUAGAGGAUUCAAGAUUUGCUGCAGCUUAAAGGAAUCUCACAUAAUCUCUUCAAGAUAUACCAUUGAUAUUAGUAAAGACAGAACCUGUAGGGGAGAACGCAUCUGUAGAAUACAGUACUAUCCAUAAUGACCUGUUGAUCGGAAUACAAGGCUAGAAAAUAUGGACUCUAGUCCUGGUGAAGGAUUGCGAGAUUACGGCUCGUUUUCAUAUAAUCGCUAUGACGACAAAGAGGCGGAGGAAGCUCAUCACAGGGCAGAUGCAGCGCCAUCUUUGUAUGUUGGGAUGCACUUCCCAGGAGAAGGACGUCGACACCAUAAGAAACAUAAAAAGAGAAGUUCAAAAAAAGAUCUAGCUGAAGAAGAUGGUGCUCCGAGAGAAUCUUUUAAACCACCUUCUACACCCCCUUCAGAGCGCGUCCAGUUUUUGAUUGGCCAGGAUGCUGCCAAUGACGAGGCUCACGAGGCGCAUGACCUGUUCUGUGAGAUGGAGGAGCUACAUAUAUAUGAUGACCAGGAAAUGGAAUGGAAGGAAACUGCCAGAUGGGUAAAGUUUGAAGAGGAUGUAGAAGAAGGUGGAGAUAGGUGGUCCAAGCCCUUUGUGGCAACACUAUACCUCCAUGCCCUCUUUGAAUUGCGCAAGGGCCUAAUGAGUGGCACCUGUUUACUUGAUAUGGAGGCCAGUGAUUUGGCAACAAUUGCAGAUCUUGUAAUAGAGAAUAUGGUUGCCAGUAAACAGCUGGACCCAGGUCAGUCUGAUAAUGUCCGUGACGCUCUCCUGUCUCGUCAUCGCCAUCAAUAUCAAAAGUCUCACGCGUCUGAGAAAAAAGGGAGCAGCAAAGGUCUACCCAUCAUUCGCUCACUAGCAGAUAUUGGCAAAAAACACUCCGAACCAAAAAAUUUAGGAGGAAAUGAUUUAAAACACAACCAGACUGCUCCACAGUUAAAGGGCAGCGCUAGUAGUGGCCAUUUACCUAAAACUGAAAGUGCGGCUGAAUUGUCAAAAACAGAAAGUGGGUCAGAGCUAACUGAUAGGGACUCAUCCCAUAAGGUGUCCUUCCAAGUGGAAAAUGAUAGUAGAAAGUCAAGUUUGAGAAAUAGCUUUAGCGACACGCAUAUAAACCAGAUCAGUGAUGGUAAAAUUGGUAAUGACAAAACUAACGGCAAACGGAAAGAUAAGACAAAACACAGACAUUCGAAAACUGAUCAUGACAUCAGAGAGGCCAUUGAAGUCCUACAUGGAGUAAGCAAAGGGCUGGCCAUACCAACAACAAUGCAAAACUCUCAUUCCAAAACCCAUUUGAACCAACAUUUUAUGAAGAAAAUUCCUGUUGGAGCAGAGGCGUCAAAUAUUCUAGUGGGUGAAGUAGAGUUCCUUCAACAGCCUAUAAUUGCCUUUGUUCGUUUGAACACUUCAGCACAUCUUGGUGACCUAACUGAGGUUCCCGUUCCUACUAGAUUUUUAUUCAUACUGCUGGGCCCACAAGGCAACCAGAAAAAGUACCAUGAGAUUGGGAGAUCAAUUGCCACUCUUAUGUCAGAUGAGGUCUUCCAUCAUGUUGCUUACAAAGCCAGAAACCGUCAGCAUCUUGUGGCGGGAAUUGAUGAGUUUCUCGACUCCGUGACAGUGCUGCCACCUGGCGAAUGGGACCCUUCAAUACGAAUCGAGCCACCUAAAUCUGUUCCAUCUCAAGAUUCCAGAAUGCAGGGACAAAGUAUGGCUAAUGGAAAAGCCAAUGGCAAAGAUGCUCCUGAUGGUGGGGGCGAGGGGGG